UAUCCAAAACAACUCCACCUCAUUGUCUCAUCAAUCAUAUCCACUUUUUUCUCACUACUCAAACACUCUUUUUCUCUCACUCUUUUCAAUAUGGAGUCUUAUGGUGAUACUCCGGCGCAAUCGCCGAAUCAUAGGAUUAAGUUUUCCAUGUGUCUUUGUUGCUGUUUCCGGGGGCUGGAAUUAGCCGGAUCGUUAUCGAAGCGGCGGUUGGUAGGACGGUCGUCCGCGUGGCUGAGAUCGACGGCGCGUGAGUUACCCGUGAUUAAGGAGAAGUGCCGGAACCUGAUGGCUCGUAUGCGGAAAAGGCACCGGAACUCGGUGGAUUUCAGUUACGAUCCGUUGAGCUACGCUCUAAAUUUCGACGAUGGAGAGAAUGAUGAGGCUCAAAUGAUGAAGAGUUUUUCGGCGAGAUUGCCGGCGUUACCGCCGCAGGGGAAGUGCGCGGUGCAUCCGACUGUGGCAAUGCCGGAGAUCGUAGCGUGUGGUUGAAAAUUAGGAGUUGUUUUCCGUCGUUGUAAAUGUGGAUUGAGGAUCGGAAAAUUGAGCGAUGUUCAAUCCUGUAACAUGUAAUGCGUGUAAAGGAAAUUUAAUGUUAAUUCUGUUGGCGUUAUCAGAAAUUAUAGACUUCGGAAUCAUCUCUCA